UAUCCGGACAUGGAUGUAAAAAAUCUGUACUAUCCCACAUCUGGACUUUUGUUUACCCUAACGCACCUGCUUAGCCCGUGUCAGCCUGUUAGACGGUUUCAGCGCCCUCUGCCGGACAUCAUUUAGCAUUACAUUAGCUGGAUUCAACAGUUUUACUACUGCAGUCACUCGGUAACAUUGGUGCUUAUUUACCAAAAUAUAUUCCAGCAGAGAGCUGAACAGAACAGAGUCUGCGCAGACUUCGUCAUGACGCGCAUUGAUCGGGAAGGGGUCUGGAGUCUGAGAGAGCGAACAACGUGCUUAAGAUUAACCGGAUUUAGUAAAACAGUAAUUGAAUCCAUCCGCCUCGUCUUUGAUCUUUCAGAAAAGAUGUCCUCCCAAGUCAGGCUGAGGCUGCUGCCGAGCACCAGGUGUCUGUUUGAUGAGCCCGUUCAACUGAAAGUGGCCGGGCUGCGGUCAAGGCAGGUGGUCACAAUCAGAGCCACAUCGACCGACGAGAGAGAAGUGGUGUUCGGCUCUUCAGCCACUUACAGGGCAGAUGAUGGCGGAGAGGUCGACCUGAACCGAGACCCCUCACUCAACGGGAGCUACGUUGGAGUGCAGCCCAUGGGUCUGCUGCAGUCACUGAAGGCAGACACUUUGCACAAGUACUUCUUCAAGAACAAAGCUCUGAACCCUCACGUGGUGAAGUUUUCUGUGCAUGAGCAGGAGGCGGAUGGCAGGAUACUGGCAGAAGAGACAAACGAGAGGUUUUUGAUGGGAGACGGGGUCAGUCGGGACCCAAUCAAAGAGGGGAACAUACGAGGAGUCUUGUUUACACCCCCAGGAGAAGGUCCGUUCCCUGCUGUGCUGGAUCUGGGCACCUUCAUGUCUGAGAAAAGAGCCUGUUUGCUGGCCAACAAAGGGUUUCUGGUCCUCACGAUUGCAGUGUUCAGUGACAGACAAAAUAUGAAAGAGAUACAUCUGGACCCCUUUAAAGAAGCCGUGGAUUUCUUACGCCACCACCCCAAGGCGGGCAGUAAAGGAGUCGGCAUAAUAUCAAGAUCAAAGGGAACAGAUAUCGCGCUCUCUCUUGCUGCAUUCGUGCCCGGUGUGGAGGCCUUAGUUUGGAUCAAUGGCACCAGUGCCAGUGUGGGCACUCCCCUCUACUACAAGAAACAGCAGAUCCUCUCACCCUUAAUGUUUGACUUCAGCAAGGUGAUUGCCACCAAGUCUGGAGCAAACCUUAUCAAGUAUGCUACUGAAGAUCCCCUGGAAGAGAAGAACAAAGGAAGCCUCGUCCCCAUUGAACGAGCCAAGAGCCAGUUCCUCUUUGUGGCUGCAGAGGAUGACCUCAACUGGGACAGCAAGGCCUACAUGGACGAGAUGGUGGAGAGACUGAAGCGUCAUGGGAAGGAGAACUUUGAGACUGUUUUUUAUCCUGGAGCUGGACAUUUGCUGGAGCCACCCUAUGGACCCUUCUGUUCCUCUGCUUUACAUGGGAUGCUUAGCUUCUCAGUGGUGUGGGGAGGGGAGCCCAGGGCCCACGCAGCAGCAGAGAUUCACCUGUGGAAGAAGAUCCAGGAGUUCUUUAGAACUCACCUGAGUUGUGAUGCUGCACAGGCUAAAGCCAAUUUAUAAACAGGAUUUGAAAGAUAGAACAAAAAACAACAACUAUUGAAUAUAUUAUUUUAUUUGCUUGUGAAUAUUUUCCGUUCUGUCUUUGAAUGCAUUUCAUGUUAGAUUUUAAUAUCAGAAUACUUUAAUAAUUCCUCAGGGAAUUGUGUGGGUUACAGUUACUCCAGGACAACAGUAAAUGGCCUGUAUUUGUAUAGCGCUUUUCUAGUCCCUAAGGACCCCAAAGCGCUUUAUACAUCCAGUCAUUCGCCCAUUCACACACACAUUCACACACUGGUGAUGGCAAGCUACAUUGUAGCCACAGCCACCCUGGGGCGCACUGACAGAGGCAGUAACUUCUUCCUCACCUCAUCAAGCUCUUCUGACUGCUGCUGAGCUCCAAAGCUUAUUACCUGCUUGGAAUUUGUGUUGACUGAAUACAUAAAUUCAUAAAUCAAGUUUAAUACAAUGGCAGCAAAGAUUAAAAGAAAGAUUUGUGUUCAGCCUGUGAGUGACCAUCCUACAGCUAUCUGGGUGAGGUCACUACCAGAAAACAGCAAGGAAGGAGACCAAAGACGCCACCUGGGAGAUAUCGCUACAGAAUACAUGUUACAAUACAAAUGCGAACACACACAGGAAAAAAAGGUUAAACCAUACAAGACCAACUCCAAGUUAAAGAACUGCAUUAUUAUAGCACAUUUCUAAAGUAUAUUUCACUACCACAGUAGUACAAGGAUGAAAAUGGCACCACAGAAAACUAGCACAUUACUCAUCAACGCUGCUCUUUCUUAUGAUAAAUAACAAUGUAUUUUAAAAUAAUGAUGUAUUGAAAAACAAGACAAAUUAAGUGUAAAAACCUUUGAUUUGUAGUUGUGAAAGUAUUUGCACCACUAUCAACUACAGCAGACUCCAAAUGCGAUUUUGUCAUCCUUUAAUAGGUAGAAAAUGGAGAAAUUAAAGUAGAAAUGACUAAGUCCUACGUUUGUGAGUGUUAAACAAAUAUAUUCCUGCUUCAGCAUGUAACUGUAAUGACAGAUUAACUGCUAACAGACAUUAUCUGUUUAUUAAACUCAAGAAUUAAACAUAA